AUGCCGAUGGUCACACCGGCAUUGCGGCGGGCACAAGCCGCUCCGUCCUCAUCCAGCACCAACAUCGCCGCCGCCUCAUCAUCAACAGCCACGCUGGGCUCGCAAGACCUGCCUCCCAUCCCACGCAUCCCGUUUGACAGAGCUACACUCUCACGUAUCACCGCACCAGUCAAGAAGAUUGUCACCGAAGACGACGUUGAGCGAUGGAAGCAGUCCGAAGCGUAUUCUGUCUACCUCUUGUUCCUGCAGCGCGUCUGCGAAGCGAGCGUAGGAAAACCAACUCGGCUACCCGUCUCAUCUCCCGCCGAUGACGGUGCACCGCUUCACAAGCUCAUUGCGCUUCUACACCAGCUCGACUCUUGGACAGACGAGAUCGAGCCGCAAAGCCGACCGCAACGAUUUGGUAACCUAGCCUUCCGGGAUUGGGGUGCCCGUCUCGAGAACCGCAUCGAUCAGAUUCACGCCGACCUGCUACCGUCACACAUACAGCCGUUUACGGUCGAACUCAAGGCGUAUCUGUUCGACUCGUUCGGCAGCUUUACGCGCAUCGACUAUGGCAGUGGACACGAGUUGGCUUUCUUCGCCUGGCUAGGGUUUUUGUAUCGCCUCGGAUUCUUCUCUUCCUCUCCUGCAGGGGAGGAAGGAACGGUAGCGGAUGUGGAAGUGGAAGAAAGUCUAGGACUGGAAGUCUUCCCGCUGUACCUGCAUGUGGUGUGGCGGCUGCAGGAUCGAUAUGGUCUCGAGCCAGCGGGGUCACACGGCGUAUGGGGGCUCGACGAUUUCCAGUUCCUACCCUACGUGAUUGGUGCUGCGCAACUGCGCACUCAGUCCACCUUGCGACCCGCCCAAGCCGUCACCGCCUCCUCGCACAGCAGCAUCCUGAAAGACCAGCUAACAGGGCAAAAAGACCCCGCGGCUCUCAUCUCUACUUCACUCAUCCUCCCAUCCACCCUCCUCACUCCACCCGACGGACAAGUGACAGUGCCCAACCUCUACCUCACCUCUCUUCUUCGCAUUCAAACGCUCAAACGCGGUCCGUUUCACGAACACUCGCCUCUCCUGCACGAUAUCGCCACCACCGUACCCAACUGGGUCAAAGUGUAUGGGGGGAUGGUCAAGAUGUACCGCGCCGAGUGUUUGAGUAAGAAGGUGGUGGUGCAGCAUUUUGGCUUUGGGGGUGUGGGGUGGGUUUGGUCUGACGCACCGGUGAUGGCCACGACGAGUGUGGGACCAGCAGGGGGAAUGGGAAUGGCAUUGGGUGGGGGAAGGGGCAACAUGGGUAGUAUGGGCGUGCCCACUGCCAGAGUCACGGGUGCUGGAAUGGGCGCGGUGAGGAGUGGGGCGGGGCACGGGUUGGGUCAGGCACUGGGGCUGGGGCCGAGAGUCGGGCAAGGGAGGGCCGGGAUGGGGGCGACGCAACGACCGGCCCAGACGAUUGUGCCUCCCCUGCAAAGGCCUGCGCCGCCAUCCGCACCGACGACGGCGGCUACGAGUAAGCCUCCUGCACAGACGAAAGAAGAGAGCUCAUCGUCAUGA